CCUAUCAUCAGGCCCACAUGGCAGAGGGCGGCUCAUGCAGGGGUGGUAACCAGUGGCAGUAGCUCAUGCAGCCUGCCAGUACUGACUUCGGCCUCCUAGCUCAUUGAGCACUGUUAAAAGUAUGCUCUGGAUGAGCAUGCAGCGCCGUGGGGUCCGGAAAGGCGAAAAGUUCGCUUGAGCUUGCGUGAUCAUUGAGCAAACGUUGCUCCACCAACAACUCCACUGGCGCAGCUGUCCAGCUACUGGCACCGUCAGGACAGAGGCAAUGAGCGAAGGCAACUUUAAAAGCGAAGCUUAGGUCCGGUCUUUCAUUCACAGACCAAUUGUCAGCUCCUCCUUCAAUCUUCUUCUCAGUUUCUCUCUGCAGCUCCCAGUGCACCAGUAUUUUGCGCCAGCUGACGCGCGCCCUUUGGUUUUUGAUAGCUCAAGUACAGCUGUCAUCUGCUCUUGCCAGCUGUCCCCAUGGCGCACCGCCAGCUGCCAGCCCUUCUUCUGGUGCUCGCGCUCACCGCUCAUGUCGCGAGCGCCACCUACAUCGGCUACGUCGCCCCAUGCGCGGGCGUCAACUCAAACAAGUGCACAUCGGCCAUUGGGGCACUGAAUCUGACGAGCAUAACGAGCUGCAACCAGGUCACGGUGGGCUGCUAUAACAGCGGAUGCGGGUCCAGGGACAACUCGUGCCCAUCGUGCACCGAUAACGGCAACUACAUCACGCUCAAGUGCGUCGCGUCGUCGAGCUCUUGCACCAAUCCCCGCGCGUACAACACCGGUGGUGUCUGCGGCGAUCCCCAUUUCUCGGCGCCGGGAGGCAUUUACUUCGACUGGCACGGCGUGCGCAAUGAGGUCUUCAGCAUCAUCUCUGACACUGACUUCCAGCUGAAUGCUCGCUUUGUCGGUGAGCGCACCAACACGGAGGACAUUGAGCAUGGCACCUGGAUCGAGGAGAUGGCCAUGGGUUAUAACGACGAGUCUGGCGCGACCCACUUUGUGAGCAUCGGCAUCGACCAGGAGAAGGAGUUCGAGGCCGCCGACGUCUUCUUCUUCACCUUCGACGGAGAGGACAUCCCAAUCGGCUCGGGCACCGCCGAGUACACGUGGACCUCCCCCGACGGCCGGGCGACCAUCACGCGCGAGCCGCACAUGCGCGCGCACGCCCGCAUCAAGAUCGACGGCCACUUCGAGGCCACGUUCAACCCCCGCGUCGAGAGCCGCAUCCAGUUGGACCCCCUCGGCAAGUACCUCGACAUGGACAUGGAGAGCCUGACCAUCUCCCGCCACGCUCACGGCGUCCUGGGCCAGAUGUUCCGCCCGGACGCCGUCGAGCGCCGGAACGCCGUCACUGCCGACAUGACCGGCCACGAGUUCCUGGUGGAGGGCGCCACCUCCGACUACCGCGUCUCCUCGCUGACGUCAGCUGACAGCACGUUCAACCAGUUCAACCUGGCCGCUGGCGUCACUGUGCGCAACGUCAACAUCAUCGAGGGCGGCGCCCGGGUUUCGCGCAAGAUCCUGACUUCGGCGGGGGUUGACGAGUACGUCACGGUCAGCCCGCGGUGCAACCAGGAGAAGGGGUCGUUGGUCUGCUCCUGAUUGGCACGCAACAGAACAGAGAGCACAACACAAUAGAAACACUCACAACUAAUUGUAGAGCCUAGGAUCGAGGUCCCAUCACUCUUACUAUCUCCUGAUAAAGGCUGUCCCCUUGCUAACCAUUGCAGAUGGCUAGCUAGCCCGCUGCCAGUACCGGCAAACGGAAUCGAAUCUCCGUCUCUGUAGAGCCUAGGAUCGGUUCCCAUCACUAUUACUAUCUCAUGACAAAUCAAAGGCGGUCCCUUUACUAAACAUUGCAGUACACGGCUAUGUAGCUAGCCCGCAGGCCAGCAUUGGCAAACAGUACUCUGAGUCUUCGUCUCCUCAUUUGUCAGGGUAUGACUAGUGCAUUGGUUUAAAAGUUGCCAGAAAGUCUGAACAUACCGCGUGAGCUACAUCGGCAAUCCUUACAUCGCUCAAGAUAGACAGGGAGAAGCUGCUACGUACGGUCUAGUGAUCCUAGAUACAGUAUGAUCAGGAGGACUUGAAUUCGACUCGCCCCC